UUUGUUUGUAUGGAGAUGUCAAUUAUGCUCGUUCACUUGUUGUUUUCUUGAAAUGAUCAGUGUAUUGUGUGACCAAAGUUUGUUGAAUGAAUCAAGAUCCUCGAAUUGAUACUAUGGAUUCGAGCCUAUUUGGCAAAAAAUCCAAUUCCGAAUUAGCCUCUUUGUUCGAAUGUCCCGUUUGUUUCGAAUACAUUUUGCCACCGAUCCUGCAAUGUCAGAAUGGCCAUCUUGUUUGUCAGGCCUGUCGAAAGAUGAUAACCACAUGUCCGACGUGUCGAAUUCAGAUUACGUCGAAUAUCCGCAAUCUGCAAAUGGAAAAAGUGGCUUCCAGUGUCUUUUUUCCAUGUAAAUACUCGAUACUUGGCUGUAAAAAUCAGCUUCUUUACCAAGAUAAACCGGGCCACGAAGAAGUUUGUGGCCACAAACCCUACAUAUGUCCAUGUCCAGGAACCAGUUGUAAAUGGCAAGGACCAAUCGAUCAGGUGAUGCCGCAUCUAAUGUCGCAACACAAAAGCAUCACGACACUGGAAGGCGAGGACAUUGUAUUUCUGGCCACCGACAUCAAUCUGAGCGGGGCAGUCGAUUGGGUGAUGAUUCAGUCAUGUUUUUCGCACCAUUUCAUGUUGGUUCUCGAAAAACAGGAAAAAUAUGGCCGACAACAAUUUUAUGCGGUCGUCCAGAUUAUCGGCUCUGAAAUGCAAGCCGAAAAUUUCAUUUACCGUUUGGAGCUAUCUGGUCAUAAGCGUCGUUUGGUAUGGGAAGCGACACCCAAAUCGAUACACGAUGGUGUCCAAACGGCAAUCAAUACAAACGACUGCCUUGUAUUCGAUACCACGCUGGCGCAAAGGUUCUCGGAAAACGGUAAUCUCGGCAUCAAUGUUACCAUCUGUCCCGUGUGAACACAAGCAGUUUGAUUCUCACUUUGUCCAUGUAUCAUGACUAUCUUUCUCUCUUUCCCUUUCUUUCAUUCCGCAAUCUUAAAUUAAAUAAAUAAAUAAAAUACACUUGAUGUUUUUGGAAAAAA